AUGAAGAAUUCCAGCGCAUUCAAAGAGAAAUCACUGCAUUGCCAGCAAUUGCUCGAUAACGGGACGACAUCUGCCUUGAACGAAGCAGUAAAAGUCGCUUCUACUAUUGUAUCUCUAGACACAACACAGGCUCGCGGAUUUCUUCUGCUGACUGAAGCACUGUCUCGUCUGCACAGAUAUGAAGAUGCUGUGACAUGGUACAAAAAAGGAUUAAAAGUACAUCCUCAGAAUGAGGAGCUUCAGAUGGGACUAAAGCAAGCACGAGUAGCAGUUUUAAACAAGUUAUUAGAAGAAGAAGAAGCCGAGAAUGAGGACGAAGCUUUAAAGACUGAGGAUCAACUGGAUUUUGACGUCACAGGAACAGCUUAUGCGGAAAAAGCAUGUGACGCUCAGUCUGUAGAUGAACACGGGUCAAAUCAGAUUACUCAGCGUGCACAGACCUAUGUUGCAUCUGGUCUUAGUAACGUGCUGACUAAUGGAACAAAGGAGACCAAAGUGCAGAGUCGUAGACAAAAAGAGGUCACUGUGUUUCAAGCCAAGAUGGAACAAGUUCUGGAACAUCUCGAUGUCCUGAAGCUGGGGAGACUUGCAGCUGUGUAUGUUUUCUCGGAGCUGUUGAACGUGCGACGUGUGACAAUUGGUCUAGGACUUUUUUUUCUUGGAUUGCUAGCUCAAGCGAUCAUGCAUCGACAGAAGAUUAUGGUGAUAUCGAUGUUGCUGAUAUGUUUCUAUCGGUCUCAGCUUAAAGAACGAGCCCUACGGUUCGCACAAGAUUGGGUGGAGACGUCUACCGACAAGUUGGGUGCUUUUACAUCGGCCCCAUGGAUUAUUGCUGUAAUUCCCGUAGUCAUGAAGGUAUUUGGACAGCUAAAAUUCAUGCUUUUCUUGCAACAAGAUGUACGUCUGAUCUUCAUCGUGCUAGCAGUGGUAGGAGUACUCGUGGCCAACUCUCUGCGUACUGUCGCUGGACAACAGGCCAAGUUGUGGGGUGAAGGACAACGACUCAAGUUUGCUGCAUACUUUACGACGAUCGUGUACUGGGUUUUUUGGCGUGGUCAAUGGGCUGAUACCAUACGGCUGCUCGGACCUGCAUUCAUUGAUGCUGGUGGAAUUGUACUGGGCUCUGUGACGUCGUCAGACCUGCAGGAAAUCUGUCGACGUGCAUUCAAGAGGCUUUACAGUGAUGUAGCCAGCAAUAUACAGGCUGAUGUUGACUUGGAUGCGUGGUUCUUUUUGGGACUGGGAAACUGGAUCGUAGAAUACUGGCAGCAGCCUACAGACUUUUCGCUUGACGUGCUGUCAAAGAUGCUGACUGAGUGCUUUGACGCUAUGGAGAAGGCGGCAGUGCGGACAUUCAGUCCUGAGCUGCGUCAUUUGCGAGAUCAAGUCACAAAUAUGGAAAUUACUGACGAACUUCAGUUGCUGGUCGCUUAUAUGAAGCAAAGUCUGAAAGCUGUUCCGCCUCGAAAGUCAUUUGGUUUGGCAAUGUUGUUUAUCAAAAGAUGUCCAUCAUUCGUGGUUUUCGGCCUCCUUACCGUUUUCUUUGGGAUCAUAUCGCUGCCGUUGGUGCCGUUUGUCGUGUCUGAGUACCAAAGUGCAAGGGACCUUUAUGAUUGCUACCAUACCGGAAGUCUACAGGAAAAGGACGGGCUAGAACUGAUGCUGCUAGAUUCGCCGCUUGUUCGUGUCUGGGGUAAUGUUAAGGGCUGUAUCUAUUGCCUAGAGGGCAGUAUCACGUUUUCAAAGGCGGUGACCACUGGAACGCACAUUGUAUCUGCAGCCGCACAGAUCAGUCGGCUGGCCGUAUUUGCGUCUCGAGUGAAGAAAGAAGGUGUUUUUGCUAAUGCUCACGAUAUCCCAGAUCAUGUAGCAAACGUUUUUCUUAUUACGAAGAACUCAAGCUUGAUGAUUGAUGGCGUUCGCUACAUCCGCGAUAGCGCACAGUUACAAGACUUGAAGGCGUCGAUUGCUACUUGGUGGUCGGGGGGACGUGUGAAGGAAGAAAAACAAGAUUGA